AGGCCAACAACCAACUCAAGUGUACAACAAUAAACCACCAGAGAGUCUGUGCUCCUGGAGCUUACAGGUGAGCCGUGUACCUGCAGUGUCUGAUACUCAAUAAUGUCGAGGUGGACCAGCUGCCCUCCACUGGGGAAGGAGUGGAGACUGACUGUCCUCCAACACUUCAUCUCGUCUCUAAGUCCUGGAGUGAGAGACAGGUUUAUUACAUCAGAGGUAAAACACUUAUUUUAAAUAUAAAGACGAUGGCUAAUACAUGACAUCUUCCUCAUGUUCAAAGAAUGAAUUAUUUCCCGUUUGACUGUCCACUAAAUACUGAAUUCUACACUUUGACAGAUCUGAAAAACUGAGUUUCUGCACACAGAAUCCUGCCACAAAGCUUUUUAUGUAUUGUUUAUGUAACUUUAUUUAUUUAUAGGUCCCACUGAGAUCCAAGUGUGCUGAUCUAUCACGGUUACCGGGGCGAUAUGUUCGUCAACUGUUCCGUUUCAAUAACCGUGACCAUGUGGGUCCAAGAACCUCGAACCGCGUUGAAGUUCAGAAGGCAGAGCGGCGUCGGACAGAGCGAUGCGGUCUCGGUGGAUGAAGACCGACCCGGAACCUUCUCGUGUCUCCAGGGAAGAGGCCCGUGGGCUCGCCGGCCGAGCCGCCCAGCAGGCCCGCCGGGCCACGGAGCUGGAGGGGCUGCUGGACCUGGUGAGGACCAGAGUCCAGGACCUGGAGGAGCGCUACCUGGGCAAGGCCGCCCGGCAGCAGAGCCACACGCUGCGGCUGCAGCAGGACCGGCGGGAAGCACGGAACCAGAGCCGGGCUCUGGAGCAGGAGCUGUGUCGACAGCGGGAGGAAGCGGCUCAGCUCCAGAGGAAACUCUACUUCACCACCAAAGAAGAAGAGCGGCGCCUGAAGCAGGAGGCCCGAUUGGCCCCAGAAGCCCUCGUGAGUGAGGCCCCCGGGGAGCCCGGCCUGUGUGCCCACGACCACCAGCUGCUGACUGACAUCGGAGCUGUCGUGACCAAUCCCAACGCUCCGCUGCGCAGACAGAGACCCUCCUCCGCUGGUCUGGACCCGGCUGAGUGUCGGACCGUCCUCCCCACGCUGGAGGUCUGGGCCCAGCAGCUCCGCCUGCUGGAGGAUCUGCAGAGGGCGUUACAGAAGCUGACUGUCAGCCUGAUGCCCUGUUGGCAGCCGGCCGGCCACGGAGCUGCGGAGGCUGUGAAGGUGGAGGACCUGCUGCUGCUGGUGGGCGCCAUGCUGGAGAGCACCGCCGCUGAGGGCCACACGGUGCUCAGGAGCCCCACCCGACACACUCUGGGCUCCAUGGUGUCUCACUUCCAGAAGCUGUUUGACGUGGCCUCCCUGAUGGGAGUGUUCCCCCGUAUGAACGAGGUCUACGGCCGGCUGGGCGUGAUGAGCAGCGCCCUGAGGAACCUGAGGGACGUCCUGCAGCUAGACUGCAGGGUUCCUCCUGCCCAGGUGGUGGAGCAGGUGGCCCGGCUGGUGGCCUCCAGCCAGCCUGCUGGGGUCCAGCAUCUGCUGGGAGACGCCGACAUUGACAGCAUCAUCGUCAAGGUGAAGCAGCACGAUGAGUUCUUCCCUGCUUUCCACGGCCUCGUCACGGAGAUCCUACACACGCUAGGAGUGAGUCUCCUGGACGACAUCCUUCCCGCUCUGAAGUCCCUGAAGCAAGCGGCACAGUGACUUGCCGUCUGGCGCUCGCUGUGAUUUUUGAUUUUUCUCAAAUAAAACGGAUAAAGAUGAUAAA